AUGCUUGAGAAACCAGAAGAGGUUGUGUUUCGCCAGGCAUUCGAGCCCCAUACCCACAAUUGCUGCUUACGAGUGGCUGUUGAUUUGCGAUUAUUCUAUCUACUAGCCGAGUACCACCCCAACCCACUUUCCUCCAGCGAUUUGGCAAAAGUCACAGGUGCCGAAGAAGAAUUGCUUGAGUCAGUAUAA